GGAGACGGGGAAGGUUUUCUUGGCAGAGGCUGGGCUGACUGCUCCUGUGCCUCUCCGAGUUCCUCCAGCUCAGACGUGUUGGGUAGCAUUAGCGCGAAGUCUCGUGGAGGAUCUCUAACGUGGCUGGGCGGAUGUCCCCGUGCCAGCCCAUCUCACGCUCCCGGGCGUUGGUUCACUUGGACUCUCCGGGAAGGCGCUGCGAGUCCGAGCAGGAGAAGUGGCCCCCAGUUACCUUUGCUCAGCCGCUCCGUUGGUAGCAGUUGGGACUGCCGGCUCUGGGGCCACCGGCUCGGUAUCAUGAGCAGAGGUCCCGCACGAUGGGGCUCCAGCCAGGAGGCCCUGAGCUGAUGCGCCAGCUUUCCGGCUCGCAGAGCAGUGCCUGGCUGGGGGGGCAGGCGCCUGUCGGUGCCCCGGACGAUGGAGGUGCUAAGGGAAUCUGUUCUCCAUUUGACAUUUCAGAUGUCGACCUACAAGCGGGCGACGCUGGACGAGGAAGACCUGGUGGACUCCAUCGGGGAGGGAGAAGUUUACCCUAAUGGGAUCCAGGUGAAUUUCCGUGGCUCUGGGAACGGCAAGAGCUGCUGGGCGGAGCGCACGCACAUUGAGAAGCGGCUCCUGGCACUGGUCGUGGUUCUGGCAGUCAGCGUCUUGGCCUGCGUCUUGGCCCUGGUGCUCCAGUAUAAAGCCAAGCCACCCCAGGUGUGUUUGACCGAAACCUGCGUCUCCGUCACCAGCUCCAUCCUGAGCUCGCUGGACCGAUCGGUGAACCCCUGCGACGACUUCUUCAGCUAUGCCUGCGGAGGCUGGAUCAAGGCGAACCCCGUGCCUGACGGGCAUUCGCGCUGGGGCACCUUCAACAAGCUCUGGGAGCACAAUCAGGCCAUCAUGAAGCACCUUUUGGAAAACACCACCGCCAACGUGUCGAGCGAGGCUGAGCGCAAGGCCCAGCGUUACUACCAGUCCUGCAUGAACGAGACCAAGAUCGAGGAGCUGAAUGCCAAGCCACUGAUGGAGCUGAUAAAGAAGCUUGGCGGCUGGAAUAUCACAGACCCCUGGGACAAGGAUAACUUCAACCAGACCCUGCGGGAGGUCACGGCGCACUACCACGUCUCGCCCUUCUUCUCCGUUUAUGUGAGCGCCGACUCCAAGAACUCCAACAGCAACGUCAUCCAGGUUGAUCAGUCAGGGCUGGCGCUGCCCUCCAGGGAUUACUACCUGAACAAAACGGAGAAUGAAAAGGUGCUCGCAGGGUAUCUAAAUUACAUGGUGCAGCUGGGCAUGCUCCUGGGGGGACAAGACGAGGAGUCCACCCGGCAGCAGAUGCAACAGAUCCUGGACUUCGAGACAGCCCUGGCCAACAUCACCAUCCCGCAGGAGAAGCGCAGAGACGAGGAGGUGAUCUACCACAAAAUGACAGCCAGGGAUCUCAAGAGCCUGGCGCCGGCUGUGGACUGGAUGCCCUUCCUCACCACCGUGUUCUACCCGGUGGAGCUCAACGAGUCCGAGCCAGUCGUGGUCUACGCCAAAGAGUACUUGGAGCAAGUCUCCACCCUCAUCCUCAACACGGACAAAUGCCUCUUGAACAACUACAUGAUCUGGAACCUGGUGAGGAAAACAAGCUCCUUCCUGGACCAGCGUUUCCAGGAUGCAGAGGAGAAGUUUAUGGAAGCCAUGUAUGGGAUGAAGAAGACGUGCCAGCCCCGCUGGAAGUUCUGCGUCAGCGACACCGACAGCAACCUGGGCUUUGCGCUGGGAGCCAUGUUUGUCAAAGCCACUUUCGCUGAGGACAGCAAGAAAAUCGCAGAGGAAAUGAUUACAGAAAUUAAGAUGGCCUUCAAGGAAAGCCUGGCAAACCUGUCUUGGAUGGAUGAAGACACGAGGAAAUCUGCCAAGGAGAAGGUGGAUGCGAUCUAUGAUAUGAUCGGCUAUCCCAAGUUCAUCAUGGACCCCAAGGAGCUGGACAAGGUGUUCAAUGAUUAUGAAGCCGUGUCUGACCUGUACUUCGAGAACGUCAUGCAGUUUUAUAACUUCUCAGCCAGAGUGACUGCUGACCAGCUCCGGAAACCUCCCAGUCAAGACCAAUGGAGCAUGACCCCUCCGGCAGCGAACGCCUACUACUCUCCAACCAAGAACGAGAUCGUAUUCCCAGCCGGGAUCCUGCAGGCUCCUUUCUACACCCGUACCUCACCCAAGUCGCUGAACUUCGGUGGGAUUGGCGUUGUCGUAGGCCAUGAGCUGACUCACGCCUUUGAUGAUCAAGGUCGCGAAUAUGAUAAAGAUGGGAACCUGCGUCCGUGGUGGAAGAACUCCUCGGUAGAGGCCUUCAAGCAUAAGACAGAGUGCAUGGUGGAGCAGUACGGCAACUACACCGUGAACGGCGAGGCGGUGAAUGGUAGACACACCUUAGGGGAGAACAUUGCCGACAACGGAGGCCUGAAAGCUGCCUAUCGGGCCUACCUAAAUUGGCUGAAGAAGAAUGGGAACGAGGACAUGCUGCCGACCCUGGGGCUCACCAAUCACCAGCUCUUCUUUGUGGGGUUUGCCCAGGUCUGGUGUUCUGUUCGCACCCCCGAGAGCUCCCACGAAGGACUCAUCACCGAUCCCCACAGCCCAUCCCGUUUCCGCGUCAUUGGUACUAUCUCUAAUUCCAAGGAGUUCUCCGAGCACUUCCACUGUCCUCCUGGCGCUCCCAUGAACCCCCAAAAGAAGUGCGAAGUCUGGUGAAGAGAAGGGGAUGGGGGAAGAGUGGAACCAGCUUCUGGCUUAUUCGUCCUUCAUCAAGAAUUGAAUUUCCCUGACCCUCUGCUCGAAGGGCAACUACUUCUUCUUUCAGCGAACUGUCAAGCUCUCGGCAGGAACGGACCCCUGAGCACUAGGUUCACGGCAUCAUCUGAGAUUGGAUCCACUGUGAAGCCUCCUCGGACUCUCACCCACUUGUGAAUGACUUUUUCACCUUGAAUGGGGCACGUGUAUAUGCGUGUGUCUGUAUGCACUAACCCCUAUUCACACCUACGCAGUUCAGUCCUUGCCAUAUGCCAGGUUUGAAGACCUUUCUUUCUUGCUAAAAGUCAUAAAGGGAAUGCCACAGACAAAAGGGAUAACCGGUCUGACUGGGUCUAAAUAUGUCUGACAUCCACUUAUCUGCAUAGAUACACAUGCAUAUAUAAAUAUGUAAAAUAUUUUAAGAUAUAUUUUUGGGAAAAUAUUUUUGAACGUUGUGGAAUACACUGGAAAAUUUCAGGGAUAAUGCAUUUAGAAGCCUUUUUUGUAAGCAAAGGAUUAGUGUAUUUAUUACCUUUUUUUUGUUUUUACGUAACGUGGCUAUAGAUGUAAGAUUUGCAGAAGAGCCUGUUCUGUUGAAACAGAGGAGACGGGAGGGUCCUGCAGGGUCACCGGAGCAGCAAAUUGACCUUUCAUCCCCAACGGCCGGGAUUCUUAUUGAAUCCCUGGCUUCACUAACCGGCUCAGGGAACCAUCCUCCUAGUCCUCAGCGACCACUGCGGACUAGCUAGUGGGUUGGGAACGCAGCAUUAAGGAGCUGUGGGUGAGGAGCAGGAGAUGCCCUUUGCCCUGUGAGCGCUUACAUUUGGCGACAAAAUCUGAGCUUCUCUUGAGCACUUUCUUUUCCAGCCAAGACCAACGGGGCUUGGACGCCGUACUAAGUUCUGCUUGCAGACAGGUUUUGCUGUAGACUGUCCCUCGGAGCAGAAGAGGCAGCUGUUCUUCUAGCAAAGGCUUCAUUGCAACUUUAAGCCUUCUUGGAUAGCUUUACUUUCUGAAUGUCAAGGGAAGGGAAGGCAGGCCUGCUUGUUGUACAGUGUUAAGUACAGCUAGUCCAUGGCUUCCCAUCCCUCAAGACACCCUCCGCCCCUUCCAAAGAUGUUGUUAAUGAAAUAUUUGGGCAAGUUGUGUGAUGAGCUCUUCCUUUGUCUUGCUGUUUUGGGCCAGCCCAGGCUCAGCCCAGCCCUCUUUACAUGCUAGUUCUCAGUGUUGGUGUCACACGCAGUGGUGUGUCACUUUUGUGUUUGGCUGGCAGGAUGGACCACUGAAGCUGGGGGAACGGCUGUGUUCAGGCACAGCUCAUGAACCUGUGGAGUCUGAGACCCCUUCCCCGGUACCAGGUAGCGACACCACCAGCAUCUCUUUUGGGCAGCUCUGUAAGAUGGAGGGAAAACCACAGGACCGCCUGGUCCCUGGGCUGGUGGAGAUCAUGGGGAAUGCAGCUGUUCCUUGAAUGAUCCUCUACCAGCCCAGCAACACUGUUCUCCCCACCCCCGCCUGCCUCGUGGGGGCCGUUCCUGCAGAAAGGGGAUGGGCGUGAGCUCUGCACCACCUUGCCUGGAGCCUGACGACAGCAUGAGUCAAAGACUUCCCAGUGCCUUACAACAGCAGUUGUGUGUGGGAAAGCAGCCCUUUCCACUGGCCUUCGGCUGGGCAAUGACCUGUGCGGAGGCUGAACGCCAUGAGUGUGCAUGCGUUUUGCUCCUGCAGAGUUCAGCUCAAAUCUCCCUGCUCCAAUCCCAGUCUCGGAUGGAGGAAAGGGAAGCCCAAAGGAACAAUCCCCCAGGAACCCAGAGGGGCAGGGAGCCCUGGCUGGAAAGAAGGCAGCAGAGGGGGGCACUCAGUACCAUGCCCCCCAGCUCUUCACUCUGUCCUUCCUUUGUAUUUCCACUGCAUACUGACCCCUGUAGCCUCCUUGGAUGCUGCCAUAUCGAAGCACCUCCUUUCUCGAAAGGGACAUUGCAGGAUCUCUAGUUGGGAGCAUGGAGACACUGGAGUCCCAUGGCAUGGUCCCAUGGGGGCUGGUGCUGGGAGCACUGAGUUGUGAUGCCGGCUCGCUUUAUAGGCUGCCAGCCUUUGUUGCAUGUGAGA